AUGCCGCGGCUCCCCUGCGUGCGUCUGCUGUGCCUGGGACUCCUGUUAGUUCGGUUCUCCCGGGAGCUGAGCGACAUCAGCAAAGCUAGGAGGCUGUGCGGCAGGCACCUCCUGAAGGAAAUAAUAAAACUCUGUGGCAAUGUCAAUUGGAGCUACUUCGGGGAGGAAACCCCUGUGCCACCGCUGUUUCCCCAGGACAACGAGAUUGAAACCUUCAUCCCGGACCGGUCGGAAAGCUCCCAAAGCACUUUCCCGGCUUGGGCGAGAGGCACAAGCCCAGUCUCUACUUCUGCCUAUGAGGAGGAAGCAGUAAGCAGUUUGGAGAUGCCAUCUCUGCCUGAGUAUAGAUAUAAAAGGGCCAACUUGCCACCUGUUAAGACAAGAGAAUUUUCCUCAUCACAAGAUAUCAAUCAGUAUAUUCAUGAAAUUUCAGAAUUUCAGAAGAAAAGUACAAAAAAAAUUAAAACCUUAAGCAAUGUGUUUUGGGGGAAUCAUCCCCAAAGAAAACGCAGAGGAUAUUCAGAAAAGUGUUGUCUUACAGGAUGUACAGUAGAAGAACUGAGUAUUGCAUGCUUCCCAUAUACUGAAUACAAAAACUUACAGAAACAAGUACCAUCAUUUGUGACUAAGAUACACUAA